AAUUCAUUUAUUUAGAUGGGUUGUCGGAUCUAUUUGUCAACCAAACCCACCCAAACCGGUAUUUUUCCGGAUUUUGGUAGGAAACUUUGAGUGUGUUUUUGUUACGAGGGAUUUUCACUGCGGUCUUGGACUCUCUCUCCGAAUUCUUGUACGUUUGAACAACUUCAAGAAGCGUAGCAGGAAAUGGGAUUCUGGGCACUACUGGAAGGCUUUCUUCUUUUUGCAAAUGCACUAGCUAUACUAAAUGAGGACCGCUUCCUUUCUCCAAGAGGAUGGAGCUUUGAUGAAUUUUCAGGAGGAAGAAGAAAGUCACUAAAGGGGCAGCUUGUAGGCCUCAUUUAUGCAGUACAGUAUAUGAGGGUUCCCCUUAUACUUCUCAACAUCAUCACUAUUAUUGUAAAGUUGGUGACUGGGUGAUGUCCCACUGGGUAAGAAAUAGACCAGGGAUUGGCCUCGAUUUUUAUCUUGUUUGGGAGGCAUCAGAUCAACUACGGAGUUUUUUUGUUUGUUCAUUUAGUGUAGCAGUGACAAUAUAAUUCAAAAUUUAUGUGGACGAAGUUUCCAGAGUUUAUACUUUGUUCAAGGCCUGCUGGAUUAUUCUAUACUUUGUUCAAGGCCUGAGGUCAUUUGCAGGUAACAUUUGUUCAAGAUCGAAA